AUGGUAGAUAAAGUAUUACUGGGAAUGGAAUUAAUUUUGGGAGUGGAAUUACUCGAAUUUGAACAGCAACAGUUCUUUUGUCACUCUACAUCUUCACUCACCACACCUUCUAUUAAUACUAAAUAUGAGGAGACCCGUCUGAGACUUCAAUUGAAAGUCAUAGAGAAUUAUAAUACUAAAUAUGAGGAGACCCGUCUGAGACUUCAUUCAAAAGUCAUAGAGAAUUAUAAUACUAAAUAUGAGGAGACCCGUCUGAGACUUCAAUUGAAAGUCAUAGAGAAUUAUGAUAUUAAAUAUGAGGAGACCCGUCUGAGACUUCAGUCGAAAGUCAUAGAGAAUUAUAAUCCUAAAUAUGAGGACUUCAUCUGA